GUCGGUGAUUCUGUUUAAUGACGAGUUCAGGCUAAUCCCCACCCUCUGGGGUUUCUUCCGGUCACAACACAGUUGGCGCCGUCUUGAAUGCAUCCGCUGCAGGGCAACCCGGUUACCGAAAGGCUGCAGCGCACUUUACGUUGUCGACAGGCAUCACACGCAACCGCCGAGCGAUGGCGCCGAGGCUUGGUCCCCGGUGCUGGUGGCAUUUUUUUUUUUUUUUUUUGUUCGCUAUCAACGGGACCUGCGAGUCAACCCCGAGGUUCAAUGAAUGGGUUUUCAGUCUUUUCCGAGUAAGAAGCGCGGCCCGGGAUCUCCACUCCGUGGCAAUACCUCGGAAACCGUCGGAAAUGCCCUUCGCAUACCUCGGCAGGACCAUUGAGGAUGAUCUCUUGCUCGAUCCAUCCCUUUGCCUGACUCGCAGACUCCAUGAAAAUCUCCUAAAACAAACCAACACCCCUUAAGAAUAUGUGGUUGAAAAACCUUGGUGGAAUUCGGGCGUCAGGCGAAGGAUGCUAGCAGGGUACCUAGGGGCCCUACUCGGUCAAUA